AUGGGUAACCACCAGAAGCUGCUCCACUUCCUCCGGCCGGACCCGGCCGCGGUGGCCGCCUGCUCGCCGAGGUCCUUCUCCUCCUCCUCCGCAUCCGUGUCGGACGAUGACGGGUACAGCUGCUCGUCCUACCCCACCACGGACGGGGACGCCUCGCCGUCCCGCUACGGCGGCUCCUCCACCCCGCCCACGCCCAGGUCGCCGUGGGCGCACCUCCCGGGCCUCGGCGCCGGGGGUGAUGUUGCCGAACCGGGGGCCACGGACCUCAUCGCGUCGCUGGUCAAGGAGGACGGCCACGUCUACUCGCUGGCGGCGACCGGCGACGUUCUUUACACCGGCACCGACUCCCGGAACGUGCGCGUGUGGCGGGACCAGCGCGAGCUCGCCGGGUUCAGGACCGCCAGCGGCCUCGUCAAGGCCAUCGUAGUGGCGGGCGACCGGCGCAUCUUCACCGGCCAUCAGGACGGCAAGGUGCGCGUGUGGCGCGCCGACGCGGACAACCCCGCCGUGCACCGCCAGGUGGGGUCGCUCCCGAAGCUCAAGGACUACCUCAAGAGCGCCGUCAACCCCACCAGCUACGUCGAGACGCAGCGCCGGGGGCGCCAGCGCGCGGUGUGGCUUCGGCACUGCGACGCCGUGUCCUCCCUCAGCCUCGACGAGGGCGCCGGGCUGCUCUACUCGGCCUCGUGGGACAGGACCUUCAAGGUGUGGCGCGUGUCCGACUCCAAGUGCCUCGAGUCCGUCAGCGCGCACGACGACGCCGUCAACACCGUGGCCGCCGCCGGGUUCGACAGCGUCGUGUUCACCGGGUCGGCCGACGGCACCGUCAAGGUGUGGCGGCGGGAGAUGGCCGCGAAGGGCGACGCGACGAGGCAUGUCCUGGAGAAGGUGCUGAGGAAGGGCGAGGGCGCGGUCACCGCCAUCGCCGUGUCGCCCGAGGACCGCGUCGUGUACGUGGGCUCGUCGGACGGGCUGGUCACCUACUGGCACUGGGUCGACGGCGAGGCGAGAUAUGGUGGUGUGCUCAAGGGCCACAAGAUGGCGGUGAUGUGCCUGGCGGUGGCCGGCAACGUCGUCGUGAGCGGCUCGGCCGACCGGACCCUCUGCGUGUGGCGUCGCGACGGGGCAGAGCACGUGGGUCUCGCCGUUCUGGCCGGACACACCGGGCCCGUGAAGUGCGUCGCCAUGGACGAGGAGGCCGCGGCCGCCGGUUCGGGCGGUGAUCGGCGGUUCGUGGUGUACAGCGGAAGCCUGGACGGGUCGGUCAAGGUGUGGCGCCUGUCGGACGCGGAAGCAGAGACGGCCACGACAGUGCGGGUGACGGAGCGCACAGCAGCAGCAGCACCGGCGCAGCCGUCGCAGGUGUGGAGAGGCCAGCCGGCCCCGUCGCCGUACGCGGAAGCGUGGGCGCCGUGCCAGACGCCGGAGCUGAAGCGCGUGCGCGUGGCAGCUGCGUGA